UGUAUAUAUACAAUUCUAUAUUCUUUGCUAUAUGCAACGUGUAAAUAGCAAACAAUGGUUUAAACUUUGUUAAAAAUAGUAAUAAAAUAAAAAAAUAAUAAUCUUAGAGAAAUAUUAAGUGUAAAAAUUAACCAUGGUCCGAAAAUUAAAAGAAUUUACACAGAGCAAAGAGGAACGUAUGGUCAUUACGAUUGGAGAAAUUAUACAAGAAUUAUUGAGAGCUCACCAAGAGAAUAGGGAUGUCGACUUGAAUAAAUUGAAAACAAAAAUAUCUUCAAAAUAUGGAUUGGAUAGGUCUCCUAGACUAGUUGACAUAAUAGCUGCUGUACCUGCGGAUGCUAGAAACAUUUUAGUACCUAAAUUAAAAGCCAAACCAGUUAGGACAGCUAGCGGGAUAGCAGUAGUAGCUGUUAUGUGCAAACCGCACAGAUGUCCACACAUCAAUAUGACAGGAAAUAUUUGCGUAUAUUGUCCUGGAGGACCAGAUUCUGAUUUUGAAUAUUCGACUCAAUCAUACACUGGUUAUGAACCCACAUCUAUGAGAGCAAUACGUGCAAGAUACAAUCCAUUUUUACAAACAAGGCAUCGUGUUGAACAAUUGAAACAAUUAGGACACAGCGUUGACAAAGUCGAAUUUAUCGUGAUGGGUGGAACAUUUAUGUCUUUGCCAGAAGAUUACAGAGAUUACUUCAUAAGAAAUUUACACGAUGCUUUAUCAGGUCAUGUAAGCAAUAACGUGGAUGAAGCAGUUAAGUAUUCAGAACGGAGUCGUACCAAAUGUAUUGGAAUUACCAUAGAAACACGACCGGAUUAUUGUUUAAAGAAACAUCUGUCGGAUAUGCUGCGCUACGGAUGCACGCGUCUUGAAAUUGGUGUACAGUCAGUAUACGAAGAUGUUGCACGAGAUACAAACAGAGGACAUACAGUUCGUGCAGUAUGCGAAAGUUUUCAAUUAUCAAAAGAUGCAGGUUUUAAGGUUAUAGCUCACAUGAUGCCAGAUUUACCAAAUGUUGAUAUAGAAAGAGACAUCGAACAGUUCAUCGAAUUUUUUGAAAAUCCUGAAUUUCGAGCAGAUGGUUUAAAGAUCUAUCCAACAUUGGUAAUACGUGGUACUGGAUUAUAUGAGUUAUGGAAAACCGGUAGAUAUAAGAGUUAUGCGCCAAGUCUUUUGAUUGAUUUAAUAGCACGAAUUUUAUCUUUAAUACCACCAUGGACGCGUGUCUACCGUGUACAAAGAGAUAUACCAAUGCCUUUAGUCAGUUCUGGAGUGGAACAUGGUAAUCUACGUGAAUUGGCACUAGCUAGAAUGAAAGAUUUAGGUACUGACUGUCGUGAUGUUCGUACACGUGAAGUAGGAAUACAAGAAAUACAUAAUAAAAUUCAACCUUAUGAAGUUGAAUUAAUACGUCGUGAUUAUGUUGCCAACAACGGAUGGGAAACUUUUCUUUCUUACGAAGAUCCUAUGCAAGAUAUUCUAAUCGGUUUACUUCGUCUAAGAAAAUGUUCUCCUGGAACUUUUAGAUCCGAAUUGAAGGGUAAAUGUUCCAUCGUAAGAGAACUUCAUGUUUAUGGUAGCGUAGUGCCAAUUCAUGCUCGUGACCCUACCAAAUUUCAACAUCAAGGUUUUGGUAUGCUUCUUAUGGAAGAAGCUGAACGCAUUGCAAAAGAAGAACACAAUUCUGACAAAAUUGCUGUUAUUUCGGGCGUUGGUACGAGAAAUUAUUACAGAAAAAUGGGUUACGAAUUGGAUGGGCCUUAUAUGUCUAAAAUGCUUGUAUAAUAAUGUAAAUAAUACAGUUUGUUUUACAUAAAUGAUUGUCU